UCGGGCUGCAGACCUCGCUCCCGUCCUCAUCGUCCCUGUCCCUGUCUUCGUCGGGACUGCGUGGGCCUCGUGAGCUCCCCUUGCGAGAGACGAGACCCAGCUAAUCUCAGCCGUUUGGCAGUGUGUGUUUUAAACCGGGGUCUCGCCGUCGCUCGCACCUGCCUUACCUCCGGUCGUAGCCCACCUAGCCCGUGGCCGGGCCCUGCUUCCCUCGUGGCAGAAAUGCUGCGAUUCCUCCGUAGAACCCUCGGGCGUCGGUCCAUGCGGAAGCAUGCCGAGAAGGAGCGGCUCCGGGAGGCGCAGCGAGCCCCCACGCACAUUCCUGCGGCUGGAGAUGCCAAAUCCGUCAUCACGUGCCGGGUGUCCCUUCUGGAUGGCACCGACGUCAGUGUGGACUUGCCGAAAAAAGCCAAAGGACAAGAGCUGUUCGAUCAGAUUAUGUAUCAUCUGGACCUUAUUGAAAGCGACUAUUUUGGCCUGAGAUUUAUGGAUUCAGCUCAAGUUGCACAUUGGUUGGAUGGUACAAAAAGCAUCAAAAAGCAAGUCAAAAUUGGGUCACCUUACUGUCUGCAUCUUCGAGUUAAGUUUUAUUCCUCAGAACCGAAUAAUCUGCGUGAAGAGCUGACGCGGUAUUUAUUUGUUCUUCAGUUAAAACAGGAUAUUCUCAGUGGAAAAUUGGAAUGCCCCUUUGAUACAGCAGUGCAGUUGGCAGCAUAUAACCUGCAAGCUGAACUUGGUGACUACGAUCUUGCUGAGCAUAGCCCCGAACUUGUCUCUGAGUUCAGGUUUGUGCCCAUUCAGACUGAAGAGAUGGAACUGGCUAUUUUUGAGAAAUGGAAAGAAUACAGAGGUCAGACACCAGCACAGGCUGAAACCAAUUAUUUGAAUAAAGCCAAGUGGCUGGAGAUGUAUGGGGUUGACAUGCACGUGGUCAAGGCUAGAGAUGGGAAUGACUACAGUUUGGGACUAACCCCCACAGGAGUCCUUGUUUUUGAAGGAGAGACCAAAAUUGGUUUAUUUUUUUGGCCCAAGAUAACCAGAUUGGAUUUUAAGAAGAAUAAGUUAACGUUGGUGGUUGUAGAAGAUGAUGACCAGGGCAAAGAGCAGGAGCACACAUUUGUCUUUAGACUGGAUCAUCCCAAAGCAUGCAAGCAUUUGUGGAAGUGCGCUGUGGAGCAUCAUGCCUUCUUCCGCCUCCGAGGCCCUGUCCAAAAGAGUUCUCAUCGGUCAGGAUUCAUUCGGCUGGGAUCACGGUUUAGAUACAGUGGGAAAACUGAGUACCAGACCACAAAAACCAAUAAAGCAAGAAGAUCCACAUCCUUUGAAAGAAGGCCCAGCAAACGAUAUUCUCGCCGAACUCUGCAAAUGAAAGCAGAUGCAGCAAAACCCGAAGAACCCAGUGUUCACAAUAAUGUUUCAUCACAGAGUAAUGGCUCCCAACAGGCUUGGAGUGCGAGAUCUGCUGUGCCUGUGAUUCCUUCCACGACCUCCGGGCCUGUGUUGGUGGAGAUAGAGAAUCUUCCACGGAGUCCUGGGACAGAGCAGCACGACAGGAGAUGCUUGCCUCUGAGUAUCAAUUUACUAGAAAGCCCAGACCUGCUGGAAACAGCCAUUGGUGGUGGUGGUGGUACCUCUGACACCAUGGAAACCUCCCAGACACCGGGUGAAAUGAACACAACCACUAGGCAGACGGGAUCCGAGGAGCCUGUGGUCGACUGUGGGACUCUGAAAGAAACUGCAGAGAAGCUCAAACUGCUGGAGAUGGAGAGCAGUCCUCAGCUGUCCCCACGGCCCAGCGUCAACGUGAACGUCAACAGCCAGGAGGAGGUGGUGAAGUUGACUGAGAAAUGUCUUAAUAAUGCCAUCGAGAGCUCAGGACUGAACACCGUGAGAGUUCCUCCUGACUUCAAGAGUAACAUUUUGAAAGCUCAAGUAGAAGCGGUGCAUAAGGUUUCAAGAGAAGAUGCCUUAAGCCAUAAAAACACCAGUAUCCAGGAUGCUUCCACAAGCAGUACUGCGUUAAAUGACAGUAACCUGCCCCUCUCCAGAGACGCUCUUGGUCUCCCGCCUGCCGCACCUGCAGACAGCAGUUCCAUCCUGAAGGAGGCCACAGACGAGCUGGACGCCUUGCUCCUGUCUCUGACGGAGAAUCUCGCUGACCGCACCGUCACACCGCAGGUAUCUUCAGCAUCCACGAUCACCCCCCGGUGGAUUAUUCCUCAGAGCAAUGCCAUUUCCAACGGCCUCGUGGGCUGUGGAGCAUCCCUGGCGGGGAAGGAGGGAGCCGGUAAAAAAGACGGACUCUCGCUGAUCUCUCCCCCAGCGCCAUUCUCAGUGGACGCCGUGAUCAGCUCUGCCCCACCUCUGGCAGAAGAGGCCGCCUUGAAGCCCAGGUGUUUACUGACCACGGAGCUCUGAGGACUGCCCGCCCUGCUGUGACCGGAAGCCUCGCCCUGCCCGCACUCCGUCCUGGAACCCGUUGGACUCAGGAGCUUACCCUGUACCUGUAGACAUGGAUCUCUGCCUAGAUUUGACUUCAGCUCGGUGGAAAACAGAGAGCCGCCUUUUCCGUCCCACUGCAAGGAUUGGGUACACUGCACAGCUGCCCAAUGAGGGCGUCUGGUCCUGGACUGUCUGCAGUGUUAUCAAAGUUGCGACUAGGACUCUGCUUUCCCUGCAGUUUCCUCCAGCCUCUUAGCUCCCCCUAGCGGCUGCAGCUGCUCACAACAGCUGCCUGAGGCCGACUCUCCGUGGAGGCUUUGCUGUGCAGUGGCAGGGCCAGGGCCUAGGUCUGAACGCCUGCUGGGAAGUUGUAUUGUUUCCAUGCAUCACCUGGAGUCAGGAAUUAGGAAACUAAUGUGCACACUGUGUAGGUAGAUAUAAAACCGGGUGUUGUGUUUGUUCCCCAGUGAUUACUAAAGAAAAGUUUAGUAUACAGGGUUUUCUUUUCUUUGUUUUUGUUUUUGUUUUUCAGUCUCUUGUACUUUGAAUUUACUGGGCUGGUUAUCUGAAUCCUCCCAGUUUACAUCAAAGUCAGGUACAUCCGACAGGAACCACAGAGCAGUGAGCUGUCCCGUGUACCACACGCAGGUCCUGUGGCUGUGCGGCCCUGAGGGCUGGAUCGCUGUUCAGAUCUGGGUGUUUCCUGCAGCUCCCACCAUCCCCCAGCCAACAGGGGAGUGCAGGCCACCCAGGGACAGGGAGCAGGAAGGCGCAGCCCUGCAGAGCCCCAAGUCCAUGCUGUUUGGACGAAGGCACAUGUCCUGUCUGUGGGAACUGGGUGAAUUGAGAGCUUGCACACUGACCAAAAGUGAGCAAAACUGAAACAGGCCAGAUGCAAGGAGUGGCGGUGGGUGAGAGGAUUGUGGAGGGUAUGCCCGGCAGGUGGACACGUCCACGCAGCACACUGAAGGGUCUUGCAUUGCGGCAGCAGGUUUGGGUCCGUGUAGGCUUCCCUCUACACCUUUCCUGUUGCAGUUGGCUAGUACAAAAAGAAACACUGUGGAUGUUCAUGUAUGUGCUCUUCCUGGAGAAAAGAGUAGAAACGUCCGCCUGUGCUGUCCGCACGCAGCGUCAGCACGAUUUCAGCUCUGAAACUUGGCAGUGAAUGAGGGAAGCCUCCGUGGGCAUGGGGAGCGGGGAUGGCCUGGAGACUGUGGGGUUAGAGUCACGCCAAGACCCCAGUUAGGCGGAAGCCACUGGGCCGUGUGUGUAAGCGAGUGUGAACUUGUGCCGCCUCCAGCUUGAUGACCUGCGGCACGGUGUGGUUCAGGGUGGCCUGGGCUCCUGUCGCACCAUCGCAUGCUUGGGCAUGCCGGGAGAGCUCAGGAGUUCUGGUCUCCCGCAGGACACAGGGUGGAGGGAGCUGCUCCUGCACGGAACAGGCUGAGGAGAGCAGGUGGCUGCUGCCUUCUGCCAGCACGCCCGGCCUCUGGGUCUCGUUGGUGGAGCCACUGCCAGUUCUUAUUUGUAAAACACAUCGUCUUGCAGCGGAGGCUGAUGCCUGGAGCCAGGGGCCGGGCCUCCCGUUGCCAGUGUCCUGCGGUGUGGGAGGUGGCUGUUUGCCAUCCAGUCUAGGAGGCAGCACGGUGCCUGUGUCACACUUUGUACAAUGAAGUACAUUUUGUAGGAAUGAAGUAGUGGAAGACACUCCAGAACCUUUGUCUUCAGAUCCCUGGAUUCUUGCCAGUCAGUUACCGACAGGGACUUCGGUUAAAAUUCAUUUGAAUCUCAGGCCAAAGAGAUUUUGUCUACAAUCCUGGCAUGAACUGGAAACCGUGGAAGGGGAUCCUCGAGGGAUGCGUUCACCCUGACACAUGAGCUGCCUGGCAGGUGCACAGUGCCUGUCCCUGCUGCUGCCGGCACUGUCGCCAGGGCUGCCGAGUGGGUGGGGAGAAGGCAGGGUGGAGGAGGCCUGUGCGUGCGGCAGGGAGAGGAGGGGAACCAAUGCCUGUGAGUGGGCCAGGUGAGGGUGCUGCGGAGGGAGGUGCAGGUGCCGCUGGGGAGGAGGCAGCUGAGACACUGGGCCUGGGGGCUCUGACGGGUCCGAUCUGCAGUGCUGCCAGGAAAGGGUUGGCACAGGUGCUUAGAACCAGGUUCUCUGCUCCUCAGUUCUGUCUCUGUCCGCUUAGCAGGGUCCCCAAGGGAACUCUCCGCGGCACCUUCGGAACGCCUGCUAGCAGAGUGCUCGCUCGGGAACGUCCCGUGGUGGUCUAAGAGUGUUGAGAAGUUCAGUUCUCAGCUCCGUACAUAGCGGGGUGUGCACACCUGUUCUGGAGAGGGCCAGAGACAGACUGCAGCCUUUCCCUCUGCAGCCUGGCCCAGAGGCGUGAACACACGGGCGCUGUCCACGCAGCGGCUGCUGAGCCCAGCUGGGCAGAGUGGUUGGGAGGCAGCUGUCGCCUUGUCAUUGGAGGUGCCGUGGCCUCUCUUGCAGGGGUGGCAGCUACAGCAGGUCAGCUCAGAGCUGGGAGCCCCAGCAUCCAGGGAGCAAGGUGGCUGCUUAGAAACCCAAGGCUGCUGCAGACGGACAGACGGAAAUUUCUAGAUUAGGUGGCCUUCCCCCCACCCCCCACCUCAAAGAUCAAAACACUUCUCGAGUGACCAAAAGAACACUGGAAACAUUUGCUACGCGUUAGCCUCAGAAGCGAGGAGCUGUGCUUUCGGGACCAUCCCGUGCAUCUGUCGCCGCCCUGUUGGUGGCUCGGGGCAGUGAUCUCAGGGUUUCAGCUCCUCGGAGCGGCUUCUGUAGCACAAACCCCACCCCCCGCCCCCGCUUUGCGUGUUCCUGGCUGGGACGUUCGGCAGCUGUGGGGACCUCAGAGCUGACUGCUCUGUUUACUUUGUGUACGUGCAGAGCUGCGCAGUCGCUUUCAAAGUGUCAUUUAUUUCUCUGUCAAGUGCACCGAUGGCAUGCCACGUCCCGUGUUGUGUGACUGCUUGUACUGGAAACCACGAGUUGUUUGUGCACUGAGCUGAGAAUUCUAGCUGUGGCCCCACUCGAAUAAACCUGCGUGUGACACA